AUGAGAGUUGUGGUGGAAGGAGGUGCCAAUGUGCUCAUUGACUAUGGCGAUCCCAAUUGGCUCUAUCGAUUGUGUAAGAAAUUUCCUGAAUCGCUGAGGCUAUGUAACCAGUACACUUCGGAAAAUUUCCGUUUCAUUGAUGGGGAAAUGAAGCCUUUUUUUGGUGAUCUACUGUGCCCUAUGGAGUUGAAAUCAGUUCCUACAGAUCACUUAGAGCUUAUAAGGAAUUAUAUCACAAAUCUGGAUGAUAACCAAGUCAUACUGUUAAAAAUAAAGCAGUUAAAAGGCAGUUCAUUCCGAGAAACACUUCUUCACGAUCAUUUCACUAGCAUAUACCGGUCUAAUGAAGGGGUAAUUCUCAUGGAAAUAAAACCCAAAUGGCUUUUCAGCCGUCUCAAAUAUUGUAGGAAUUGUACUCACAACGUCAUAAAGGGUAGGAAAAUAGACUAUUGUUAUAAGGUUCUCUUAAAUAAUGCUCAGCAUUUCCGUGAUAUCGUUUCCCAAUGCGAGUGUGUGCCUAUGGAGUUCAUAGAGGACAUGAUUCGAUAUUUUAGUGGCCCGGACAACAUUCUAAGUAUUCUUCAUGAUGCCCAGAGAGAACUAGAAGUCAAGUGGCUAGAUCCCACAAAUUCUGAAGAUGUAAGUGACGAAUUGCUACGUUGUAUGACUCUUCGUGACGUUACUUGCUUUCUGGAAUGGCAUCCAGGUUUACCGAUUAAAGUGAGUGUGGUAGACGUAGAUUUGAAACUCAGGAACAAAUGGACUCACUGGUUGAGAACCCAUGAAAAGUUGGAAAGUUGCGAAUCAAAAGUAUUUCACUAG